CCUGACGGGAUUCGGCGGGCGAAGAAAGCUCGGCAUUGAGUUCGCGAACCCGGAGAGAUCUGGCGAUGAAUUGCCGGAGAUUCUUCUCGAUCCCGGUUCUCUCGGUGAUUUUGGUGAUGGGUUUCGUGUAUUACGUCACACUUUUCGUCUUCAUCGAGGAAUGGGUGGGUUUGCAGAGCUCAGCUGGGACAUUGAACGCGAUCAUCUUCAGCUUCUUUGCUUCUCUGUUCCUCUUCUCUUUCUCUGUCUGUGUUCUUACAGAUCCGGGUCGUGUUCCGGCACCUUAUUCCCCUGAUGUGGAAGAUUCACGUCGGACCCAUCAUAACGGUACAGAAACAAGGCAUUGUGAUAAGUGCUCGGCUUACAAGCCUCCUCGGACUCACCAUUGCCGGGUUUGUAGGAGAUGUGUCUUGAAAAUGGACCACCAUUGUGUUUGGGUAAAUAACUGUGUUGGUUAUGCAAACUAUAAAUCCUUCUUCAAUCUUGUGUUUUAUGCAACUGUGGCUUGCAUAUACUCCAUGGUUGUUUUGGUUUGCUGUGGAUUCAAGAAGGGGGAUUCCUACAUGGAAAAUUUUCCACUCAAAAUAUUCAUUAUUUCUUGCGGAGCAUUGAUGUUUGGUCUGUGCAUAGCCCUCGGAACUCUCCUAGGUUGGCAUAUCUUCCUCAUCUCUCGCAAUAUGACCACUAUCGAGCACUAUGAAUCAAAACGGUCUGCUUGGUUAGCCAGAAAAUCUGGACAGAGCUUUAGGCAUCAGUUUGACCUUGGCAUCUACAAGAACCUCGCCUCGGUGUUAGGCCCCAACAUGAUUAAAUGGUUAUGUCCUUCAUCCACUGGCCAUCUUAAAGACGGGAUUAGCUUCCCGACGACAAGAGAGAACUGAUCUCAGCUCCAGUUACCGAUCUUAGGUCCCCAAUAAGUUUAGAAAGAGCCCGAGAACUCGUUCAUCGGCUCCUGCAAUUCAUGCAAAUCAGAUGGAAAAUACAGUACGCCUCACUGUCCCGUUGGAUUCCACCCGGCAAAUGCAUCUGCGUAUAGUUCUGCGAGUGUUUCUUGAGGUGUCCAUACCCGUACAAUGCCACCAUCUUAUAGCUAUAGACGAAAGUAAUAUAGCUACUAACGAUAUAAGAUAAUACAUUAUUUUUGUGAUGGGUAGUCUUAAACCAACAUUUUUGUCUGAUAUUCGUUUUGUAUACAGGAUGCUUUGUAAUCGAUAUUUAUUUUUGUAUGAAAAUAGGGCCUAAGAGCGCCAAAUAA